AUGAGUCGAACGAGAAAAGCAAAUGUAAGGAAACGUUUGAGAGCUGUCGAUAAUGUAAUUGAAACAUUAGUAAAGUCUGGAGUCAAAUGUAAGGCAUUGGAAGCAGCAAAGCAACUGCCAAAAGAGUCAGAAAUGCCGCCAUGUGAUAAGUACACAGUAUUUAGCAGAAAGCAUAAGGGUUAUAGGAAAUCAUUACACAAAGUACCUAAAUUUACCAAAGUCACCAUGAGGACCCCUCCUCCGGGAUUCUAG